AUGGCAAAAUUAGAGAUUAGUAAAUCAACAUCGUAUGAAAAUAUUUCUAGAUUGUUACAAUUCGCACAUGAUCAAUCAGACAGUCUCGGGAUUAAUAUUUAUAAUCAAAACAACGACCUUAUAGUAAAUUUUCAAUGGAAAGAGCAUAAUUGGCCUCAUGAAUUAUCCUAUAAAGUAAAGGGGGUUAAGGACUUAAUAGGUUCCUUUUUGGGUGAUCAUAGCACAACUGACCUGGAUACUAAAUUGAGUGAUUAUACCAAAACAGCUGACCUGAAUACUAAAUUGA